UCCCGCCUGGCGCGGGGGUCGCGGCGGCCGACCAUGGUGCUGCCGCCCCCGGACCGGCGCCACGUGUGCCUGACCACGCUGGUGAUCGUGGGCAGCAUGGCCGUGAUGGACGCGUACCUGGUGGAGCAGAACCAGGGCCCGCGCAAGGUCGGCGUGUGCAUCAUCGUGCUGGUGGGCGACGCGUGCUUCCUGCUGGUGCUGCGCUACGUGGCCGUGUGGGUGGGCGCCGAGGUGCGCACGGCCAAGCGCGGCUACGCCAUGAUCCUCUGGUUCCUGUACAUCUUCGUGCUGCAGAUCAAGCUCUACUUCGUUUUCCAGAACUACAAGGCGGCGCGGCGCGGCGCGGGCGACCCGGUGGCGCGCCGCGCGCUGACGCUGCUGCUGUCGGUGUGCGUGCCCGGGCUCUUCCUGCUGCUCGUGGCGCUCGACCGCAUGGAGUACGUGCGCACCUUCCGCAAGCGCGAGGACCUGCGCGGCCGCCUCUUCUGGGUGGCGCUGGACCUGCUGGACCUGCUGGACAUGCAGGCCAGCCUGUGGGAGCCGCCGCGCAGCGGGCUGCCGCUGUGGGCCGAGGGCCUCACCUUCUUCUACUGCUACAUGCUGCUGCUCGUGCUGCCCUGCGUGGCGCUGAGCGAAGUCAGCAUGCAGGGCGAGCACAUCGCGCCGCAGAAGAUGAUGCUGUACCCGGUGCUCAGCCUCGCCACGGUCAACGUGGUGGCCGUGCUGGCGCGCGCCGCCAACAUGGCGCUCUUCCGCGACAGCCGCGUCUCGGCCGUCUUCGUGGGCAAGAACGUGGUGGCGCUCGCCACCAAGGCCUGCACCUUCCUGGAGUACCGGCGCCAGGUGCGCGACUUCCCGCCGCCCGCGCUGGCGCUGGAGCUGCAGCCGCCGCCCGCGCCGCGCCCCGCCCCGCCCGCGCCGCUGCACGGCCCGCCCGGGCGCCCGCGAGGGCCCUCGCCCGCGCGCGAGGCCCUGGACACGUGA